GCUCUCUCAUCUCCAUGUGCAACUUCUUCUUCUUGGCCGCCAUAAAGUUUCCAUUUUGACUUUUCCCAACUCCUACUUAAAUUCCAAUCCAUAAAUUAACGAACUCAUUCUUCUUCUUCUUCUCUUCCUCUUCCUUGUAUAAGUACGCGACGCGGCCUUCGCUUUUCUUCUCAUUAACCAUCUGCACGUAUUCAAUUCGUUCCCGGAUUUUGGAAAUCGACCUGCGCAGAUCGAAACAGAGAAAAUGCCUGACACGGAGACUUCCAUUGACGUCCUCAAUGUCAAGGAGCCUCGCUCGGUGGCCAGGAAGUUCCUCGCCCGGCCCCAGCGCGAAGGAGUGGGGGCUGUUGUCAGAAGAAGCAUAGGGAGGUUUGAGUUGAAAUACUUCGAUCCGUUCCUUGUGUUGGACGAAUUCUCAGUUGCUGCUCCUGCUGGAUUUCCUGAUCACCCACAUAGAGGGUUUGAAACCGUCACCUACAUGUUACAGGGAGCUGUUACACAUGAAGACUUUGAGGGGCACAAGGGGACAAUAGCCACCGGUGACUUGCAGUGGAUGACUGCAGGAAGAGGCAUUGUUCACUCGGAAAUGCCAGCAGCGCAGGGCAUCCAAAAAGGUUUACAAUUGUGGAUCAACCUCUCCUCCAAAAACAAAAUGAUUGAGCCAAGGUACCAAGAAAUACAGAGCAAGGACAUAGCAGAGGCUGCAAGAGAUGGUGUGAAGGUCAGGGUAAUAGCAGGGGAGGCAUUGGGAACCGAGUCGCCAGUCUACACGAGGACUCCAACCAUGUACUUGGACUUCACUCUCAGGCCAGGCGCUCACCUUCAGCAGCCCAUUCCAGCUUCAUGGAAUGCCUUUGUGUACAUUUUGGAAGGGGAAGGCAUCUUUGGCGGCUCGAGAACUUCGCCGACAGUGUCCGCCCACCACCUCCUCCUCCUCGGCCAAUCCGGGGAUGGGUUGGAGGUGUGGAACAAGUCGUCCAAGCCCCUCAGGUUCAUACUGGUGGGAGGGAAGCCUCUGGGUGAGCCUCUGGUUCAGUUCGGGCCAUUCGUGAUGAACACCCAAGAAGAGAUUGAUCAGACAAUUGAGGAUUUUGAGAAUUACACCAAUGGAUUUGAGAAGGCCAGGGAUUGGAGAUCAGAGGCUGCACUUGAUCUUGGUUUUUAGGUGAAUAAAGUGAUGUUGCUGCUGUGAUGGCAUAUUAGAAUGUACAGCACCAUUCAACAAUGGAGAGAAUCAAUUUAAGCAUUUAAGUUUAUACAAAUCUAAAUUUAAGAUUUGAAAAUAAUAUGUGAGUCAUUGAUGAUUUGGAGAGAGUUUGAGGGGAGGAGGAUUAAUAGAGUGGAAUUGUAAGUUGAUUUAUUAAAUUAGUGUAAAGUAGGUGAAGCCGUUCUUAAAUUUAUAAAGUAGCCAUCAUUUUUCGUCA